UACCGAACUACACCGAGUGAAGCCGAGCGGCGAGGAACAGCUGACCGAGAGGCUCGUGCCGUCGAUGGAUCGCUCUUCAGUUUAGAGGAUAAAAAUAUUUGUAAUCAGCUGGUGAUCGAUCAGAGGAGCGGGCAUGCCGUCGCUGCUGUUCUGCGGGCCGAAGAUGGCCGCGUGCGGGAGCGUGAUCAGCAUCUGGGGCGUCAUUAUGCUGGCGAUGCUGGGAAUCUUCUUCAGCGCCAAGUCGGCCGUGCUGAUCGAGGACGUGCCGUUCACUGAGGAGGACAUCCACAACGAUAAAAAUCCUCCUCAGAACAUCUACAGUCUCUACAACCAGGUCGGCAUCAACUGCUUCAUCGCUGCCGCCAUCUACGUGGUGGUGGGCGCCAUCUCGCUCUGCCAGGUCCGGCUCAACAAGCGGCAGGAGUACAUGGUGACAUAAAGAGCUGCGGCGACGGCCUGACCUCUGACCUCUGACUGCGAGGAUCUGGUUCCUGUCCAUAAAGUGUAUUUGCGUUUCAGCUGUGGGUGAUGUGAUUGGCUGGGGUUAAUGAGGGGGCGGGGUCAGGCAUCCACUAUGUAAUUUAUUUUCUAUUUAAAUGUGUUUGUUGUCGUUUUGUUGUUGUUGGGUGAAAUGUUGCCAUUCCUUUCUAACGGGCGUGAAAGCGACCAAACGCAUCACAUCAGAUUUAUUCACAUUAAAACAGUUGAUUAUGACAGCAGGAGGCGGAGCCCUGAGGACGCCUUCAGCGUCAGCUGAGGCGGUUUUAUCAUGUGACAGAAACACGGAGGCGUGGCUCAGGCGCUGCGUCCUCCUGCUGCUUCCUGAACAGAUCAGAGGCGCUGCUGUCAGUCACAUUCAGUCCUUCUGUGUUUGCUGGAUGAUCUUUGCAAUAAAGUGUGAGUGGAAAAGUGAAUGUUUGUUGUGUUUAAUGGAGUUUAACAUAAACACAAUAAAGCAGCUGAAUAUUUAUCA